AUGGGCAGAAAGUUCUUCGUCGGUGGUAACUGGAAAUGCAAUGGAACCACUGAAGAGGUGAAGAAAAUUGUGGGUACUUUGAACGAAGCUAAAGUCCCCGGGGAAGAUGUUGUUGAAGUUGUUGUGAGCCCCCCUUAUGUGUUCCUUACCUUCGUGAAAAGUUUACUUCGCUCUGACUUCCAUGUUGCUGCUCAAAACAGUUGGGUUCGCAAAGGUGGUGCUUAUACCGGGGAGAUUAGUGCUGAGAUGCUUGUAAAUUUGGAUAUCCCUUGGGUUAUUCUUGGCCACUCCGAGCGAAGGCAGCUUCUAAAUGAAACAAAUGAGUUUGUGGGAGACAAAGUUGCAUAUGCACUCUCACUAGGGAGGAAAGUUAUCGCUUGCAUUGGGGAGACUCUUGAGCAACGUGAAGCUGGUACUACUCUUGCUGUUGUUUCUGAGCAAACAAAGGCAAUUGCAGAGAAAGUAUCAAACUGGGAUAAUGUUGUUUUGGCCUAUGAGCCAGUUUGGGCCAUUGGAACAGGAAAGGUUGCAACUCCUGCUCAGGCACAAGAGGUCCAUGCUGCUUUAAGGAAAUGGGUUCACGACACCGUCGGUGCUGAAGUUGCUACCUCUCUAAGAAUCAUCUAUGGAGGCUCUGUAAAUGGAGGAAACAGCAAAGAAUUGGCAUCACAGCCUGACAUUGAUGGAUUUUUGGUUGGUGGUGCUUCCUUGAAGCCGGAGUUCGUUGACAUCAUCAACUCCGCCACUGUGAAGAAGAACUGA